AUGUUUCUCCUGCCCCCAGAAAUGUGUCAGAGUCUCUUUGUCACUGGCAGCAGUCCGAGCCCGCAGUGAGAAGGAGCGAGCGCAAAGAGGCAGCGGGAGGUUGGCUAUGGAUCUCUCUCCUGCCCAUGCAGUAUUUUGGUCCAGUUUCUUGGUUCUUUGGGCCCAUAGGAGCUCACAAAGUGGGCUAAAUGCAUCUUCUGUGUUUACAGAGGCGAGAGCCCCCUAUUCAGAUCUCUGUCAGGAUGGCAACUUGAGCAUUAAUCAAGUCGAUGUGCGGAGCUAUAGGAACUCCUCAGGACCGACAGAGCAGGUUGAGAGAAGCGUGGAGUUAAAAACGACUUUUCGUGCCUCCUUCACCCAACGAACACACUUAACUGCUCCUGGUCGUUCCACUCUUUACCAGAAGGCAGUCAGGUUUCCGGCGCUGUCAUUAUUUGUGAGGGGAGUAUGGGAAUGCCAUCUUCGAAAUAUUCAUCUGAGGAGGUCACCGUGUCAGAGGAAGGAGUUCAAUCGCAGUCUGUGUUUCUGCGCCAGGACGGCAUUGAUUAUAAGAAGUUAUCAGUAAUCCUCCGUGUCAACGUGUCCCUGCCCGACGGAUGGACAAUCUACACCCACAAAUACAACACUAUGGUCCUCGAGGUCCUGUCUCCACCGCCUAACAUCACUGUGGUCAGAGAUGAAGGAGGCCUGCUGGUGACAUGGGCUCAGCCUUCCGUCCGUUUACGAUGUGCAAACAAAUGCUUUGAGUACCAGCUGGACAUCAGUGGCCAGGAUGAACUGAAGACCGUGAUCAAGCAGCUGAAUUACACAGAGCCGAACGCAGAUCCCAAACUCAGCUACAGGGUGAGGAUGAGGACGAGGAAGAACAAUGACUGCCGCGGAUCUUACCACUGGAGUGACUGGAGUCAGUUUGUCACUGUGCCCUCAUCUGAGCCAGCCUACAAACUCAACAGUGUGGUGAUCAUCCUAAUUUCACUUGGAAUACCCAUGAUCCUCCUGGCUUUGCUGCUGUUCUUCAGGCUUCAGAGGGUGUCGGAGCUUCUGUUUCCUCCCAUUCCCCGGCCUUCUAAAAAAUACAAGAACUUCCUGGAGAAAACUGACACAUUUCUGUUUUCUCCUCCUGUCCAGCCUCCUAAAUAUGAAGAAGAGAUCACAGAGGUGGAAGAGACCCAGUAAAGCCCUGAAAAUAUUUUUUUAAUAGCAAUGCAAGACUGAAGUCUCCGCUUUCUACAGCCCAAUCGCAAGGAAAAAAUAUUGUCAUUUUACAUUUCUACAAACCAACAUGUUGUCAAUGUUUUCAAGUUUCAUUACUGAACAAAGUUACUGAACAUUAGCUAACAUUUCCUACAAUUAACCAUUGACCUUUUCCUAACCUUAAUCAUGACAAUGAACCUUUUCCUAAUGUUAACCACGACCUUUUCCUGACAUUUUCCUAACGUUAACUAUGACCUCUUCCUGACCUUUUCCUAACGUUAACUAUGACCUCUUCCUGACCUUAACCAUGAUGACAAACCUUUUCCUAAUGGUAACCAUGACCCAUUCCUAACCUGAAUGAAGUCGUUUAGUGGCUAACGAAGAUAACAAAUCAAAUAAAAGUGGCUAAAGGACCUAACAUUAGGUAACGGCAGUCACAUGACAUGGAUGCAGGUCCACCUCACUGGCCACAGGUUGAAAUGUUGUUUUGAAUUUUUUUUUUUUUUUUUGGUUCAGAAAUGUUGACGUUCCAACACAUCCGUUAGUUUGCAGGAACAAAAAAGCCAACAGUUUACUCCGUGUUGCUUUAUAAUAUGCUACUAAGGUCAUGCAUCGCUGUACAUGCUGUCAUGCAUAUUUGAAAUUUUCCAUACAAACAGGAUGUAGAGUGGUUGUCUGGUAUAAGAGAAAGGGAGACCACUAUAUUGCACAUUGUAUUGUGAGUGGUGUUUGCGAUGAUUUAUGUCACGCUCUGUUUAUUUAUAUUAAUUUAGCUUACAGCGGCUAUGAGGGCAUAGGAACACAUUGACAAUAAGUGAAAAAAGCGAUGGCAAAGUAAAAAGUUCAAAAACAUGUUAAGUUGGACAUACAGUGGUGGAAAAAAGUUUUCGGACACUCUUAAAAUUUUACACAAUCUCACAAUCUCAAACAUUAUCAUGAAAUAUUUGUGGAAAAAUCUUUU